AUGUUAACCAACCGCCGCUCAACAAUGAUGGUCCCCCCAUCCCGCAUGCCGUCCUGGCACCCGCAAUCAAAACCCAUCCCCCAAACCCCAACCUUCCAAACAACAUUCGACUCUACCUCCGCCUCAACCGAACCACACCCCUCCCGCACCCCCGCGCUGCUCACAUCAACAACGCCUCUGCUCCCCGGCCACACCGUCCUCCGCGUACACGGCACAUGCCACGGCACCGUGACCCUCACACGCAAAGACACAAAGUCGUUUAUCAAGAACAUCGCAUCGUCAUUCGGCAGCAACUGGGGCGAGGCGAAGAGCCUGACGAGCGCGAUUUACUCGGCACGCGACCAGGCGAUUGAUAGGAUGGUGAAGGAGGCGGUAGGCAAGGGCGCGAAUGCGGUUGUGGGUGUGGAAGUGAGAGAGAGUGAGGUGCUGGGGUGUUUGGUGGUCAGUGUGGUGGGUACUGCGGUUUGGGUGGAGAAGGAUACGGGGAGGGUUAAGAGGGAUAGUGCGCAGGAGGCGGGUGUUGAUCCGUUUCUCUGA